AUGCCCGAUCCCGCGGGAGGGGUGCCUCAACAGCUUUUGCCCCAUAUGCACCUCGUUUCCAGCUACCGGUAUCCCCUGACGAGCACUCUCUCCCACGAAACUGCUGUCGAUUACCUCAUCUCGGCGCCCAAGGUUGUUCGAGAGUUACAGACGGUGCACUGGAUGUUCCUUGACGGCCCUCCUGAUGGGACUGUGCUCCUAACGUGGCAGCCCCUGAAUUACCUUGGUACAAAUUUCGCGAGCGACGGCUAUUUUUGGGCAGACGCGGAGCAGCUCUACAGCACAGAAAUAAGAGGCUACAAUCUAGAGCUUUAUCUUCAGCGCUGCGGAUAUCAUUCACCCAAUGAAACGAUAGCUGCACAUUGUCGGAAGCGAUACCGUCUGACUCCCUCUAAAAACCCGAAUGCGAAUGUUUUGCCCUGCGAUCCAUCUUUAUGGAUAAUUCACUAUUCUAAAACCCCAUCUGUAGAUCAAUUACCCGUGAACCGGAUUCAAAUCACUCCUCAGAUGCACAAUAUUCUAGCUCAAAGACGUUUUCUUCAGAGCCAGGGACAACUUGUGCGGAAGGAGUUCAUGCUGCACGACCGGAACAGCUGGCCAACCAUCAACCUUCCUCCACAAGUAGGACAGCAAAACUUUGCGCAACAGGGUGUUGCAUACGCAAACCCUCUCCUAGGCCGACAGCAGGCUGGUCCAUUCUACCAACCACAACCAGGGCAGAACAUACCUGGACCGCAAGGUAAAGCUGCAAGGUCGAGUCGCUCCUCAGCAGCGGCAGCCAUGGCGAAUGUUGCUGUACCAGACUAUUCUCUAGAGGAAGAAGAAGUCUCGACGGGAGACAUGCUGGAUGCUAUUACCCCACGGGAUAUCAGCAAGAUGAGGUAUCGUCACCACCACGAAUGGAUGGAUGAAAUUUUUGGUUCUCCCUACAGUGUGAGGCAGAUCAUGCCUGUGGAUCUAGGACUUGGUAGGAAAGGAGAACUUGAAUCUUUAACUUCUGGAUUCUUUGAUGCUCCUACAGGCCCGUCUCUUGCGCAGAAAGAGCUCAGUGCUCCGAACACCACGGGGAAAAUGGAAACCGGUAAAGCAGAGGCCUUUGCCAAAUCUGUCGAUCGCAAAGUCUCUGAUAUAAAUGCUGAGAUUGAAAAGAUGAAAAAAAUCCACGCUAAAAGGUUGGAAAAGAUGAAACGAAUCACAGUUCUGAAAGAGGCUGAGCUAGCGCUCCGUGAUGCCUUCAUAGACCCUGAUGACGUGGGAACUGAGUUCUGGAGAGCUGAGGGCCGCUUGGAAGCUUUUGCCGGAGAAGAAUCUCUGCAAAUUGAUUACCCUGACAAUCGUCCGAAAGCUAAAGUUGAUGAUAUUGUUCGCAACCUGGAGAGGCAUUUCGGGAAAGCAAUUGUACCAAUCAGCGAAGUUGCGUGUGUCGAGAAAGGCGGUCUUCAGGAAAGGGCGCCAACACCCAAGCCUGCUAAUGGUUCUUCUGUGGGAGACGUCGAUAUGGCUGGGGCCAACAUUACCUUACCUGGUCAACUUGAUGGGGUAGCUGAUUCCGCACAACGACAGCCACCAGCCGCUAUCACAGCAGUUCCCGCACCGGUCCCUAUAACAGCUCCAUCUGUUCAGCAGACUGAUGAGACUGAAAAGGCUAAUGUCCCUUUACCAAAUACCACCACUCAAGCGCCAUCAGUAAUUGGCACCUUACUUCCGGCUGUGCCUUCUAAGCCGGAUAUUAGUGGCGAUGUCGAGAUGGGCGGGGUGGAGAGUGACAACCUUCCCACUACCACUACAGAUCAGGAAACCGGCGACUGGGUGAUGGUUAGCAAGGAAGACAACUUUCCGGCAAAUGAAAGCACUGCCCCUACUGAAGGAAACGGUAAACCUUCCAGCGCAGAGCUCUCUGUCGCAGUUGCGGGAGCAGCAGCAGCAGCCCCAGCAACAGGCCCACCAGGGAGUGGACUUCAAGGACUAACGACUGCCGGUAACAUUGAAUUGGGUGAGCCCAGUUCGCUUGAAACAAACAAUUUCGACGACGCAGCUGGGUUCAGCAAUAUUGACUCUGCCGGAGACGCAUUGGCAGCGUACAGUGAGCAGAAUGAUGAUCUUGGAAUGGAGGAGCUUGAUAAUUCUGCGUUUGGGGAAGCUUUCCAUGCGUCGGAGGCUGAGCGCGGGGAGCAGCAGCCUGAUAAUGAGGAGAUUUCAUGA